ACGUUACUGAGUGCACCACUAAUGAACAAAUGACUGAUCAUAUGUCAACCUACUGAUAAAGGUUGUUGCUUCCUAUGCAAAAUGUGUUAAUGCAAGGACUUAAUGAACAUUUAUUCUUUCUCCUGUGAUCUGUACACAGGUCCAGUUAUCCAUUAAUCCUUUCAGCGCUGUUGUGACCCUGAUCCUUCCCAGUGUACUGAUAAUGCUGGCCGACUUGGUGAGCUUUGCUCUGCCUGUUUAUAGAGGAGAACGCAACAACCUGAAGGUCACAUUGGUCCUGAGCUUAACCAUGUUCCUCCUAAUCCUCAAUGACCAUCUGCCCAGUGGUGGAAGUUGCAGCCCUCUCCUUCAUUAUCACUUCUGCUUCUGUCUGGUCUCUUUGGUCUUGAGCAUGGUGACUUCCAUAGUGCUAACACGCCUGGCUUUAGAAGACAGUGUCAUGUUUUGUAGGUGCUCGAAGAGCACCAAAAAACAGCAUUGCGGAAUGGAUCAGGUAGAAGGGACUGAUGAGAUUGCAACAACCAAGUCUGGUGAUCUGGCUUCAGAGGUGGCUUCACUCCAGAAAAUAGUGAACUUUUUGGAGAACAUUGAUGAUAAAAAGAAAGUGACAGAUAGCAAUAAGUCUUUUGUAGAACGCUUAGACAAAAUCUGUUUUUGGGUUUUUUUCUUCAUUGACAUAAUUUACCUCACAAUUCUUUAUAUUAUCACCAGAACAGAGAUUUGUAAAGUCCAAAAUAAAAUUAUCUGGGAUAAUGACGGUUAUGGAUAUGGGUAUUCUGUAUCUGAUAAUGACACACAAACUUUUUUAUAUUAUUAUUAUUAAUUCAUUAAUAAAGUACAGUGGUUUGAUUUUUAUACAUUUCUCAUUACCAAUCAUCAUGGAUCCAUUUCUGUAUGUUUUCUGUGAAACAGAUUUUGAUUUGUUGUAUUGUCUGGUGUAAUAACUUUGUAUAUUACCUAGGGUAGAUUUUUCAAAGGUAUAAAGUA